AAGAGCAAGCAGGGUUCGGCCUGGAAUGACCAGGGCUCGGGGCGGGGCCAAAUCGCGGGGGCGGGACGAGAAGGACGAGGGGGUGGUGCUUGAGAUGACACAGGGAGGGGCCGGCGCGCGCAAGCACGUGACGGCGGUUGCCAGGGUGAAAGGUCGGCGCGCCGCCGGCACUCCCAACAUGGCGGCGGCCUGGGCUGUGGCGCGCGGUCCCGGAGCUGAAGCGCGGUGGCCGCCCUCUCUUCGGGCCGCGCGGCUGCUCCUGCUGCUGGUGGCGGUGGCGGGGCCCCGGGAGGGCGGCGCGGCGCGGCUGUACCGCGAGGGCCAGGACGCCGUGUGGUUGCUGGACAGCGGCAGCGUGCGCUCGGCCACGAGCAACAGCUCGGCCGCGUGGCUAGUGCAGUUCCAUUCGUCGUGGUGCGGCCACUGCAUCGGCUACGCGCCCACCUGGCGAGCGCUGGCGGCGGACGUGCGAGACUGGGCUGCUGCCAUCCGUGUUGCUGCUCUGGACUGUGCAGAAGAAAAGAACCAGGACGUGUGCCGCACAUAUGACAUCCACUUCUACCCCACCUUCAGGUAUUUUAAAGCAUUUACAAAGGAGUUUACAACUGGAGAAAAUUUUAAAGGACCUGACAGAGAGCUUCGGACAGUCAGGCAGACGAUGAUUGACUUCCUGCAGAACCAUACGGAGGGCACUCGGCCUCCUGCGUGCCCACCCCUGGACCCUGUUCAGCCCAGUGACAUCCUUUCCCUCAUGGACAGCCAUAGUGGCCAAUACCAUGCUGUUGUGUUUGAAAGCAAUGGUUCUUAUGUUGGACGAGAGGUGAUCUUAGAUUUGAUUCCAUAUGACAACAUCGUGGUGAGCCGAGCACUGGAUAGGGACAAAGCAUUUCUGGGGACACUUGGAAUUUCUUCAGUUCCUUCCUGUUACUUGAUUUACCCAAAUGGGUCUCAUGGACUGGUUAAUGUUGCAAAGCCUCUACGAUCGUUUUUCUCCUCUUACUUAAAAUCCUUGCCAGAUGUGAGGAAAAGGUCACUUUCCUUCCCUGAAAAGUCCGACAAAGAAGAAAAUUCAGAGGUUGUGGUUUGGAAAGAAUUUGACAGGGCCAAGCUGUACACUGCAGACCUGGAGUCAGGACUUCACUACCUGCUGAGAGUGGAGCUGGCUGCCCACAGGUCCCUGGCUGGAGCCCAGCUAAAGACAUUUAGGGACUUCAUGACUGUCAUUGCCAAGCUGUUCCCUGGCCGGCCGUCAGUCAAGAAGCUUCUGGAGACACUGCAGGAAUGGCUAGCCAACCUCCCCCUGGACAAGAUUCCGUACAAUGCCAUCUUAGACCUAGUCAACAACAAAAUGCGGAUUUCUGGAAUCUUUCUUACCAGCCACAUAAAGUGGGUGGGAUGUCAAGGAAGCCGAUUGGAGUUGAGGGGCUACCCAUGCUCCCUCUGGAAACUGUUUCACACUUUGACGGUUCAGGCCUCUACCCAUCCAGAAGCACUGGUUGGCACAGGUUUUGAAGAUGACCCCCAGGCUGUGUUACAGACCAUAAGGAGAUACAUUAACACAUUCUUUGGUUGCAAAGAAUGUGGUGAGCACUUUGAGGAAAUGGCUAAGGAAUCCAUGAAUUCUGUGAAAACUCCAGACCAAGCUGUUCUCUGGCUUUGGAAGAAGCACAACAUGGUGAACAGCCGCCUGGCAGGCCAUUUGAGUGAGGAUCCCAAAUUUCCAAAGGUUCCAUGGCCCACUCCAGACCUCUGCCCAGCCUGCCACGAGGAAAUUAAAGGCCUGGACAGCUGGAAUGAAGACCAAGUGCUUGUGUUCCUGAAGCAUCACUAUAGCAGGGACAACCUGGUGGACACAUACUCUGUGGACCAGGGCAGUCCUGGUGACCGGGGAGCUCUGGGCGGGGAACAGGAAGAAGGUGAAGGUCUUAACCCCUCAGGAAAGUCCUGGAUCCAACAGGAUGCCGAGAGUCUCCGUCCACCCCACAUACUGGGCCCCAGAACUGAUCUUUCCAAGAGCCUGGACCACAGACUAGACAUAAGACUCCAGAGCCCCAAGGGCCUCCAGGCAGUUGAAGAGGCCAAGGCAGCUGUGCCCUUCCUUGGGGUUGGCUUCUCCAGUCUGGACAUGAGCCUCUGUGUGGUGCUCUAUGUGGCCUCCUCCUUGUUCCUGAUGAUCAUGUACUUCUUCUUUCGAGUGAGGUCCAAGCGAUGGAAAGUUCGGCUCUACCACCCAGCUGUGUAGAGCAUGUGGGACAGCCUUGACAACACAGAGGAAGCCUUUGAAGUCACACCUGCAGCUUUAAUGUUGGGAUCAGGGAUUUUGGAAAUGUGCCCAGCAUGGUGUCUGGAGGAGCAUGUUUUGUUUUUUGUUUUGUUUUUACUGGAACAUUUUGCCUUGUUGCCACCUUGUCCUCACCUUCCCAGCCUCCAUGACAGAUUGGUGUGUAUUUGCCCUUGUAGGCUAGAAGGAGGCAGGUCCAGCACAUAGCCAUCCAUGUUGCUACUCUUACGAGGCCCCACAUCUAUGUUUGCCUUCUCCUUGCCCCGCCAACCCUGGCUCCCUGGGGGCAGUGUCCAGUGAUGAGCAGCCAAAGCACAGAGGCCUCUCUAGAUAUCACACACCCUGCCACAGAUAUGUGCUGUGUAGCUGUUCCUGCAUAAGUCUCAGGUGCUCUCAUGGGAGCUCAGGGUGCUCUGAAGUUGAGAAGGGAGGUCUGGUCACCUUGUGGGGUUCAGGGCCUAGAAGCCACUGAGUUGUUUUGUAGCUUCUCUAUGUCUUAAGAAAUAACCCAUGGUGGGAAUGAGCCACUUAAGGACUCUGAAGGGGAAGGGUGAUGACAGUAAAUAGGAGGGCCAUUCCAGUCAGGCCGUGGUGCAGUUCUGGUCCCUAUGGUGGGAUUUUGCCCAACAGUGGUGAGCACUGGUCUGUUGGGAGAGUGCAGUCUCUGGGAAGCCACUAGAGUUCCUAUCGUGUCUCAUGUUCACUGCAGAAGGCAUUGGUAGGGGAACAGGAUUCAGAGCAUAUGCAAUGGCCCCUGCACACUAAGCCUCUUGGCCUUGAGGGUAAACAAACAAACAAACAAACAAAAAUUUAACAGUUUAAAUAUAUUAUUUGUAAAAUCCCAAAACACUGAAUGGUAAACUUGUGCCUAAAGACUUUUUUUAAAAAACAUAGACUAAGCCUACAUUUAUGGAAACAUUUCUACUGAGACCCGUCAUGGCUCAGGAGCUUCUUUUUAUUUGGAUAAAGCAAGCUAGCUGUGUGUGUGUGCGUGUGCGUGUGUGUGUGUGUGUGCGCGCGCGCGCGCGCACAUGUGAUGAAUAUGUGUACCUCUGUCCUCACAUGGGUAUGACAUGGUGGUUAGUUAAAUAUACAUUCCACUUUGCAUAAUCUAUAUUUUAUAUUUGCAUCCUUUCCAACGACAGCUGAUCACAUGAGUAUCAUUUAAAACCCUGUAUUAUCAAUGUUCCUGCUGCCACUUAAAAAAUGGACAGCUGUCUCCUUGGUCUGUUGUUAACCCUCCUAUUGUCCCAUGGGAGGCUCAGUCAGGCCUCCCUGCUGGGACAGACAUGGCCUGGGCCCAGCCUCUUGAACCUCCUGCUUCACUUUCCUGUGGCAGAAGGGAAACCUAGAAUCUUGUGCUUUUUAAAAACAAACAAAAAGAUGAGUUCGUCCUUAUUGUUGCCUGUGUGUCUAGGUUAUUGAGACACCAUUGGUGCAUCAGCCUGAAAAUUAGGCCUCUUUAAACACAGCUCCAAAGAGAAAUGCUUUGAGCCCACAUUGAACUGCCUCUAGGAGCAUUGCUGAGGAGAUUUCUGUAACUGUGACCCCAGGACUGCCACAGUACCCCACAAGGCCUGACAUGGCUGAUGCUUGCAGAAGUCCACCCUUGGCAGAGCCUAUUUUCAGCUGUGCUUGUAGAGUUCAAGGUCAUCCCUUCUGGGGGACAAACUUGCCACAUACAUCUCUGGUUGGACUGUCCAUUCUGCAGUUAAAAGGCUUGCAUUCCUACAGGAUACUGCUCAGCCCUGGAACCUACUUUUAGGCCAAAUGUGUAAGGUCUGUUCCUCUAAAGUCUGAAGUAUUAUGAGAUGUAUUGCAAUUAACGGAUAUAAUAGUUCAGUAAUUUAAAUGUUUAUUUAUUUUUAAUGCAAAGAUUUUGAUUAAAAAGCCAAUUGGCAUGAAAAUGCCAAUGAAAUUUCUUACCUGCAAAGAAAGGGUACAUUUUGUAUUUAAGUAAACUACUGUGCACAUUUUAAGAAUAAAGAAAUCUGACAUUUGAUAAAGUUGUUAACAGUU